CGUGAGCGAAGGUCGUUUCUCUCUUCCUCUCCGGCCCCUCCCCUACCCAUAUUCUACAUGUUAAUGAAAUUGUCUCAGAGGAGCCAUUACAGCUCUCUUCAUCCUCACAAAUUCAACGUUUGCAUACAAAGCUUAUCACCAGAGUCCAAAAUCCUUGGCCUUUGCAAGUCGGGCGUCCUUUUAGGAGCUCUUCAUCUUCUUAAUUCCACAGGUUCGAGCGAAAUCUCCAGAAAACCUAUCGUUUACGCUUCUCUGUUACAGACUUGCACCACAACCUUCUCAUUCAGCCACGGGCUCCAAAUCCAUUCCCACAUAAUUAAAUCCGGUCUUGAGUGUGACCGUUUUGUAGGAAACAGUUUACUCUCAUUGUACUUCAAACUUGGUCGUGAUUUUUCUGAGACCCGGAAAGUGUUCGAUAAUUUGUUUGUUAAAGAUGUAAUAACGUGGACUUCCAUUAUUUCAGGGUACAUUCGUAUUGGAAAACCCUUGGAAUCGCUUGAAAUGUUUUUGAAAAUGUCUGAACUUGGAGUCGAACCCAAUGGGUUCACCCUUUCGGCUGCAAUUAAGGCAUGUUCAGAGCUUGGUGCUCUGAAGCUUGGUAGGUGCUUUCACGGAAUGGUUCUAGGAUGUGGGUUUGGUUCGAAUUGCGUCAUAGCCAGCGCUCUUUUAGAUAUGUAUGGGAGAAAUUCUAGAUUAGAAGAUGCCCUCCUCUUGUUUGAUGAGAUGCCGCAACGGGAUGCUAUUUGUUGGACUUCAGUUAUUUCGGCAUGUACACGGAAUGAUUGCUUUGAGGAAGCUCUAGGUUUCUUUUACUUAAUGCAGAGGAAGUAUGGAUGUUUUGCUGAUGGGUUUACAUUUGGUACUGUUCUAACAGCAUGUGCUAAUUUGGGAUGGAUGAAACAAGGUAAAGAGGUUCAUGCUAAGGUACAUACAGCUGGGAUUUGUGGCAAUGUUGUUGUUGAAAGCAGCCUUGUCGAUAUGUAUGGAAAAUGUGGUUUGAUUCGGGAAUCUCGUCAGGUUUUUGAUCAGAUGGCUACAAAAAAUUCAGUAUCUUGGUGUGCAAUGCUAAGUGGUUACUGUCAAAAUGGUGACUUAAAAUCUGUUAUUGAGCUUUUCCGGAUGAUGGAGAAGCAGGAUGACCUCUACAGUUUUGGGACUGUUCUUUGUGCUUGUGCAGGUUUAACAGCUGUGAGACUUGGGAAAGAGGUACACUGCCAGUAUCUGAGGAGAGGAGGUUGGAGAGAUGUUGUUGUGGAAUCAGCUUUAAUUGAUCUUUAUGCCAAAUGUGGCUGUAUUAAUUAUGCACACACGAUUUUUGUUGAAGUUCCGGUUAGAAAUUUGGUAACUUGGAACUCAAUGAUCUGUGGGUUGGCCCAAAAUGGCAGAGGUGAGGAAGCUCUUAGGUUAUUUGAUGAGAUGGUUAAGGAAGGGGUUAAACCUGAUUAUAUUAGCCUUGUCGGGGUUCUUUUUGCUUGUAGUCAUACAGGUCUGGUUGAUCAAGGGCAGCAAUACUUUGCAUCGAUGAGAGAGGAUUAUGGUAUUGAAGCUGGUACAGAGCACUACAGUUGCGUAGUUGAUCUUCUUGGCCGAGCUGGGCUACUGGAGGAAGCUGAAGAUUUGAUUAAGAAGGCAGUUUUUAAAGAUGAUUCAUCUCUUUGGGCAGCUCUUCUUGGUGCAUGUACAGCUUAUUCUAACCCUGUUGUAGCAGAGCGCAUUGCAAAGCAAAUGAUGGAACUAGAACCAGACUACCACUUGAGCUAUGUUCUUCUUGCUAAUAUUUAUAGGACAGUUGGCAGGUGGGAUGAUGCUCUAAAGAUUACGAAGUCAAUGAACGAAAGAGGAAUAAAGAAAAUGCCCGGUAAGAGCUGGAUUGAAGUCAAGGGAAAUAUGGGAUAUUCAGCUCCUCUAAGAAAGAGGAAAUGUCAAGAUAUUGGAGGAUUGAGUUUGCAGUUGUGAAGAUUAGAUUAUGGAUCAUAUGUAAGCCUGAUUUUCUGGUUCAAUGCUGAAGACUCAGCUUGAUAAAAAAAAGUUGGUAGUGCACAUUUGUUGUACUCUUUACCUUAUGUCAAACAAAGAUGGAGCCUAGCAUCUGGAAUUUCUGAAUUAGGUGAAUGUGGCAGAUGCAUGGCAUGAGCACCAGGUUUGUCUGCUGAACUCUAAAGUUGCAGUUGGAGGAAGGGAGUUCAAGAAGAUUGUAAUUCAAUAAGUUGCAUGUACUAAAGGUCUUUCUUCCCAACACAUAAAAAAUGUCUGCAAGGUUAGUCAAGUUUCUCAGAUGCUGCUUCAAUAAUCCCAAGUAACACAUUAACAGAAAGAGAUUAAUGACCCAUCAAGAAGAAAGGCAUAUGGAGAUGGUUUUGAGGAGCUGAUUAUGAUAGCAUACUGUGAAACAAAAGCCAGAAAUUGAAGGAAGGGUUUGGUGGGAAAUGAAAUUGCUUUGAUCUCAGCAUUAUGUACCAAGUGGUGUCUCAAGUCAACAAAUUUUAGAUACUUUGUUCUCAUUUAAGAGAAAGAUGGGUGGUCAGUAGGCCCUUGCAAUACUAAGGACCUGGAAUUGGAAGAAAGGGAAAAUUUUCCCUGCUGACAGGAUUCAAAAUCUUAGAAGCUUGCAUUUUCUAAGGUGUUCUUGUGAAAGAGGAUAUUGUGACUGGCUUUGAUUGGGUAAUCUAUUGCAGAUAGAUCAUAUUAUAAUGAUCUCGUCAUGCUAAUGUUUUUGGUCGAAAAGAAGCUUUAUAACAAAGAACUAGAACAAACUAAAUAUUUUAACAGUGUUCACAAGCGAGGAGGAAAAACAUUUACAAGUUAUUAUACUACUGUUGAAUGAAGCACAUUGGCUU